AUGGAAAACAAGCGGCGCAGAUCAGACGCACCAGAUCACAUUAUUUGAUUUCCCCUCCUGCCGCCCCACAGAUCGAGCCGGUCGGAUGGCGAGCGGCGGCGCAUACCCCGUGCAGCUCCUCCACCUCCCCGGUGGUGGCGGCGGCGGCGGCCACUGGAGCAACCUCGGCGCCGCCUACGCCGCCGUCACGUUCCUCCGCCCGCAGGGGCAGUCGCUGGUCCUGUACGCGGCGGGCCCCGACGGCCAGCAGACGCGGAGCCGCAUCGUGCUGGUGUACCCGAUCCUCCCCGGCGACGCCUUCGAGAGGCUGGACGGCGCGACGCUGUCGUGGGCGGAGCCCGAGUCCGGCGCCGAGUUCGCGCUCUGCUUCGCCGACGAGGCCGCGUGCGCCGCCGUCUGCGGGGCCAUCUCCGCCUCCCCGUCGUCGACGAUGGUGAGCAGCCCCGUCGCGGCGGUCGAUGGCAUCGCCGAGAGGCUGGCGGGGCUGCGCGUGGCGAGGGACGAGGCCGCGCCGGCGCCCGGCGGGCCGGACAUCGCCGCGCGCCUGGCGCAGCUCAGCAUCGGCCGCUAGGUUUCAGGCUUUCAGAUUGGUCGUCGUCGUCAUCUUCUUCUUCAGUCCUCUGAUUUUAAUGCCUGUUGAAGCUGUACAUAUUCAAUGAAACACUUAUCUGCUAAAUCUGAUGUUUGUCUCUAC